AUGACGAUUGAUGGUAGCACAAAAAUCGAAAAGGAAAAUGAAACACCGGUCACAUCGACCAGGCCCGAAGAAGGUAACUUUUUGACCAAUUUCUUCCAGAAACUGAGCUCUCCCUUCACAGCAAAAAAUAUAGAUGAUGCAAAUGACACACUAAAAGAUGGUGGUUUUGAGAACCUGGAUGAUAACCUUGUUGCUACUACACGUUCGGCACCGAUAAAAACUGAAAUCAAAAAUAUAUCGAAACAGAAAAGAAAAAGCGUUGAAAACGUUGGUGCAAACAGUGAUCUGUUAUCCAAAUUUAAAGGAUUAUUCGGCAGCGACCGCCGUUCUAGUAUUCCGUCGGCUACAAAAAGUGAUGUUAUCACAUCUUCAGCAGCAGCACCAGCAAAAGAGAAGGAGAGUGAUGAUGUCGGUAUACUUAAGUUAUUUACAGGAAUAUUUACCCCUUCUUCCACUACUGCUACUACGUCUGUCCCGACAACAACUACUUUAACUACCACAGCCAGUGCGGACAACGGAACUGCUUUACAAACUUCAAUUUCGACAGCUAAGCCUGCUAUCGAUAGUGACUUCCUAACAAAAAUUAAAUCUGUGUUCGUCAGCGAUAAUCCUACUGCUCCAGCUCAAACUACUUCUGCUGAAAAUGCAAAUCCCGUUAAUGCCUUCUCAGAAUCCACAACAGUGGAUGAAAAGAAAUUUGUUUCCGCAACCGAACAAGAUCUGCCAACAAGAUUAAAAAAUUUUUAUGAGGAAUUGGGUGAAGAAUCAUCUGUUGUUCUUGGUCAAUUGAAAAAUGAAGAACUAUUUAAUAUGAGAAAAACGCGUGCACAUCAAUACAAAAGAACUUUAUCCAUGGCUAAUGACAGCAAAAAUUGA